AAUUCAGCCAAUUACAGGAAAAUCCAAAACAUAAAAAAGGAGUAUAAAAAAAAAAGAGAGAGAGAGCCAAUAUUCAUACUGAUAUACAGAACAUACAUUUCAACAUGAUAGAACUUGAAGAAGAAAAGAUAUUCAUGGAAGCUGAUUCGGAGAGUAUUUCCAUGGACGACAUGAUCCAAGAGCACGCUAGAAAACUAGGAGUCGAUCUUUCCCAGGUGGACUUGGAUUCGAUUUCACUUCCACCCCAUUUCGAUGAUGAUCAAGAGUUCCUCAACGAUAUCUCUAGUGACGUUGAUUUUGGUGGAGAGUGUGAGGAGAAUUGCUUAAACGAUUUCAGCAAUGUUAUUGUUAUCGACAAUCUUCCUAUAGUUGGAUUUGGAACUAAAAAAUUCGGAAAACUCGAAAGUAUAAUUAGAGAAUUGGAUGGGAUUAAGACUGGGACGAUUAAGCCGGAUGGAUUUUGGAUGCCAAUUAACCCGGAAACUCAAGAAACACUUGGGUAUUGCUUUAUCGAAUUCAACACUCGGGAGGAAGCAGAGCAUGCUAAGAAGAAAACGGAUGGCCGCAUGCUGGAUAGGCGGCACAAAUUUGCUGUCACUUUGAUGGAAGAAUUUGACAGGCUCAUCAACACUCCAGAAGAGUUCAUUGUUCCAGAUUCCGAUGAGAAGCCAAGUAUUUGUCAGGAAAAUCUACAUCAUUGGCUUACUGAUUACAAAGCUCGCGACCAAUAUUCUGUUCAAGCUGGUGAGCACUUGGAAGUUUACUGGAAUGAUCUGAGACUAUCAGAACCUGAGUUUGUGCAUAAUUUGGAGAUUGAGAGCCUUGUGCAGUGGUCACCUAUGGGGACAUACUUGGCUGUGGGAGAUAAGGAAGGGGUUACUCUACAUGGAAGUGCUGCUGGAUUUUGCCCUCUUAUUCAUUUUGCUCAUCCACAGGUUAAGUUGUUUGAUUUCUCUCCAGGGGAGAAAUAUCUGGUGUCUUAUGAUAUUAGUUCAUCUUCAACUCCAAAAAAUGAACAGACACUGGUGCUGCGUAUGUUCGAUGUCAGAACAGGCAGAGUAGUCAGGAGUUUCAGAAAAAAUAGAGAUCUUUUGGCAAAUGGACUACCACCUGGCUCUUCUAUUAGAUGGAGUGGAGGAAGGAAUGAUAUGUACUUCGCUAUCAUGGAGAACAACAUCCUCCUUGUUUGCGAAACUCAAAAUUUUCUAAAAACCAAUAAAUCCCUGCGGAAGAUAGAGAAUGUUCAGAGCUUUAGUUGGUCGCCUACCGACCCUAUUCUUGCAGCCUCUAUUGAAGAAUCACAUGACCAACCUGCAAGGGUGAUUCUUAUAGAUGUUCAAAAGAAACAAGAAGUGAGGCAGAAGACACUCUUCAAUGUCAACCUUUCAAAUAUGUACUGGCAGAGGAAUGGUGAUUAUCUUGCAAUUCAUGUUGAUUACAAAAAGCGAACAGCAAAAGGAAAUGAAUCUGCUAUUCAUAUCUUCUGGAUGAGAGAGCCAGGCAUCCCUGUUGAAAUUUUGGAACUAGAAACUGACAAUGACAAGAUCAUUGAAUUUUCUUGGGAGCCAAAGGGCCAAAGUUUUGGUGUUAUUCAUGGCGAUAACAUGCGCCCUGAUGUGAGUUUCUACUCUUUGAAGAAAACUUCAAAUACAUCCAAAUUCUCGAAGCUUCAAACUCUAAGGAGCAAGCAAGCCAAUACCCUUCAAUGGUCGCCUGCAGGGCGUUUUGUGGUGAUUGCCGGCCUUAAAGAUUUUGGAGGGAAACUCGAAUUUUUUGAUGCUCAUGAAUUCAAGACCUCAGCAAUGACUGAACAUUAUUUGGCUACUGGUAUCGAAUGGGAUCCAACUGGGAGGUAGUGUAUAAUUCCUAUAAAACACGUUAUAUUACGAAAUCCACUUUGCACCUAAUCUGCCAAAAAUUUCUCUGCUUUUUCUUGCAAUAUCUUUGAUGAAAACUUGUAACAGUGGGAAAAUUUUUUGCUGUGAUAUACAGGUACAUCGUGACUUCAGUCAGCAGUAUCAAUGAAUUUGAAAAUGGGUUUAUAAUCUGGUCCUUCUAUGGCAAGAUGCUUUACCUGGUGCAAAUGGAACAAUUUAAUCAGGUAAAAUAUUUCAUAGCUCAUAUUCUAACUUAUCCUUUCUUUUCCCCUGAACUUCCUUAUAUAUGAUCAACAUUGUUUCACUUUUAAAAAGUAGAUGUCAUCCAUUAUAUAAACAUUUAACUGGCUGAUGCAAAUAAAAGAAAGAUCCUGGAUCAAAUCAAACGGUCUAAUCAUUUGGGAUCUUGUUGUUAAUCUCUACUUUGCUCCUUAUGUUUCUUCGAUAACUCUAUUGAAGCUGAACCUGUGAAAUUGCUUCCAUGUAGUUCCAUUGGCGCCCAAGGCCUCCAUCCCUACUCAGUGCAGAUGAAGAGCGAAACAUAGAAAAGAAUUUGAAGGACUACAUUCACAAGUAUGAAGCUGAGGAGCACGAAAUGAGUAGAUGUCGGAGAGAGCAGGAGGAUCAACGAAGGAAGAUGCUGAUUGAUGAAUGGCAGGGAUGGGUGAUGAAAUGGAGAGAAUUGCAGCAAGAAGAAAAGUUUCUCAGGAUGCAUUUACGGGGAGGAGAUGCAUCAGAUGACGAGGACGAAUUGGAAGCCGUAGAAGUUGAUGAAUUUGAAGAAGAAUUAGUAUACAUCGACGAAGAAAUUGUUUUAGAUGAUUAGUUUGAAGUUUGAUAGUUGAAAAACUCGCAGAUCAUUCUGCUAUCUUUGAUAUUAUGAACUUCUUUGGUGUUGAUUGCUAUGUUUGGUAAAACUAAACAUUUUGUGUUUGAUUUUUUCUCGACCAGAUUUACAUUGGCGCAUCAAUCUUCUGCAGUCCAAAAAAUGUAGAGUGUGAAUAUCAAAUUAUUACAUCUAAUUAUUAUACGC